UUCUCUUAAAUUUACUCUGACACGUGGAAUAUUUUACAUACUGUAAAACCACUUGGAAUCACAGAUAAUGAUUUGCUGUGACAUGGUUCAUUUGGCAUGGGACUUUUGUAACCAGGAACUGGAAAUGUCCACCAGGACAAGCACUUAAACCCCUAACCUUUUGAUUAUAGAAUGAAUGCAUUAUUAAAUUAUGAUUAUAUUGUGGUUUAUGAUUAUAUAACACUAGAUAAAACCACACACACACACACAUACACACACACACACACACACACACACACACAAAUGAAUAGUUCUGAACUAUCCACAUGCUCAGCGGGCGUCCUCAUUUCCAGAUGCUAACGUGUGGUUUCUUGUGGGUGUGAAGAAUUACAUAUAUUUUCUAGGUCAUAAUGUUUUAUGUAACUCAUGUCCUAACAUCAAAGGGUGAAAUAGGUCAUAAGUAUGAGAACAAAUCCUUAAAGUGGCUCCUUUAGCAAUGAAUCACUUCCCUUCAAACCCACAGCCUUCGCUUUAGUCGUCCUGCUUGACUUUAGACAUACCAAUUUGAAAGCAUUGCUCUCUGUGUUGGUUUUACUAAAACAUUUUCAGAUUCUUUCAUUUACACCUCCAGGUUUAAAGAGGUGUCAUGCUACUUGACAUUUGGAGUUUAAUUUCUGUGAAACACACUUUUGAUCUUUUAAAAUGGGGGAGUGUCUGGAUUAGAAUUAGAGUAAAGUCAUAUCUGGUUGAAUUUAUAUAUAUAUAUGUUUUUUUCUUUCCCAUCAAAGACUGCCAUCUGAUCUGGAGCUUUGAUAAGAGAAUCUGAUGAGUGUUCGAUUUCCAGGAAAGGCGGAUGCCUUUGACUGCUGAAUUGACGCUCCUGUGUGGUCUACAAAAUCCCCUCACGAACAGCUAUAUAUUCUAGCUUUUGGGGAUGCCAGAUAACGUGGACUGGGAGAGCUCUGCAUCUUCAUCAUCACCAUCCUCAAAACUGCUGCUGCUGUCUUACACAACUGUCAUUAUCUUGUUGAACACUUUAUCAUUUUCAUUUUUCUUUUUCACCCAUGAAAAAGUGGCUUGUUUCCCCUCCCAUGAUGAACAGACUCGUCCUGACGUCAUCCACGCUGCUGCUGUUGCUGUGUGUCUGGGUCAACUUGAGUCAAAGCAGUCCAGUGAGGUGCUGUACCAAAUAUUCAUCACUGCCGUUUCCUUUCCUCCGACUGAAAGACUUCACUCGACAGGACGCCACCAUGACUUGCAACAUAGAGGCUGUCAUUUUUACUACUGUGAAGAACAGACAGGUCUGUGCUAACCCUGAUGAUCUAUGGGUUCAGAAUGCCAUCAUGCAUAUCCAGAACACAAAAAAGUCAUCAUAAUGUGGACACAAUCAAACCGGCUUAAACUGAACAAAUGAACAGAAACAGAAAUCCUUCAAUAUGAUGUAUUGUUUAAAAUCUAUUUUUAUAAUUUA